AUGUUGGAUUUGGGCCUGCCGUGCUGCUCCGGCCGAGCCUGUCGGCUUCCUGGAUAUGAAGUUCCAUCGUUGCUGGCACCGCGACACCUCAGCAGCUGUGGAGCAAAGCAGCGCAGUCGUCGAAGCAGUCGAUUGUCGCAGCCGUGCGUUAUUCGCAAGAGAAUCCAACGCAGUUGCCAGGAUGCGGUGGAAGUGAUCGCAUUGCGUCCUGCAGCAUUUCGCCGAACUGCUCGACGUGUCGCCCUUGUGAUGCUUUACGGUGUUUCGAUCAUAUUUGCAAGGCGAUCAUGGGGAUGGCUGUUGGCUGCAGGAACUAUCACGGCACAUUUGUUCCUGGCAGGCUUUUGGACAACUUCUGCAUGGGCACGAUGUCGUUUAGAUUUUCGCCGCGCUGCAAAGGCCAGCUCGGGAAGUUGGGUUUUGGUGCUUCCAGAACCUGGAAAAGCUGCACUUCGAAGAUUAUGGCCCCUGAGUUCUGAACUGCGCUUCAGAUACCACGGGCAGCAAUACAAGCUGCUCGAAACGGGUGCAAGAGGCACAAACCUGCUUGCGGCUGCUGUCCCGCAGCAAAGUGAGACACUGCUUGUUCUGUGCCAGCGCAGACACGAGGGCCUUACAGAGGCUGAGGCAACGGAAAGACGACGGCAGUAUGGCAGCAAUGAUUACAGGAUUGCUGUACCGCAGGUACGACAGUUGGUACUUUCGCGAUUGCUUCGGCCAAUCUUCCUGUUCGAGUUGGCAUCUGUCUUUUUGUGGGGCCUGGAUGGUUAUUGGCAGUUCACAGUCCUCUCCCUCGGGACGUUGCUGUGUUUCGAGGUUGGUGCGGCCAUGUCGCGGCACAAGUCUUUAGCACAAUUACGAGCCACGGCUUCUGCAUCUAAGGAGGUCUUUGUACUCCGUUCGGGUGAGUGGAUUCUCAAAGCGGCCGUGGAUCUUGUGCCGGGUGACAUAAUGCAAGUGCCGCCAAAUAGUGACGUGCCUUGUGACGCACUUCUGCUGGAUGGGUCAGUCACUGUAAGUGAAGCUGCCUUCUCUGGCGAAUCUGCACCCGUAGCGAAGUCCGCAGCCCUCCCCGAAGCCCGGAAACCAGAAGCGAGGGAUGCACACCAUUUUCUAUAUGCAGGCACCAGGGUUCUUGCAGCUCGAGCCAAGAAGGAUGCGACAUGCACUUGUGCCGUCUUGCAGACUGGAUUUCAUUGCAAGCAGGGUUUGUUAAUGCGGAGGGCGAUCGCCAGUCAAGAGAACAUCCGCGACAAAGACACCUUGAAAGUGGUACUUCUGCUGCUCGGCUUCGCAAGUAUUGCGGCACUGCAAAUUGCAUUUCACGGGAAAGGAUCGAACGGUUGGCUGAAGAUCAGCAUCAUCCUCAGCUUCGUGAUACAGCCAACCCUGCCGUUGCUUAUGACCUACGCGGUACAGCGCGCAAUGGAGGUUCUUCGAACAAAGGAAAUCAUUUGCGCAGAGCCUUUGCGCAUCCUGGAAGCUGCAUCAAUGACAACCUGCUUGUUCGACAAGACGGGAACACUGACCAGUGACAAGCUGGAAGCCGCUGGAGUCAUGUUGCCCCAGCAGUUUGCAGAAGCAACGAGCUCUCUUGGAAGACUUACAUCGUUGCGGGACUUGUCUCCGACCGAACCGGCACACCAAAUCCUGCAAAGUUGCCACAGUGCCACGAUGGAGAAUGGGAAACUUCUCGGAGACCCUUUGGAGACCGCCGCGCUAGAGGACUUAGGUGCUUUGGAGCUUCCGCCUUCUGCCCAUCGGUUCGAGUUUGAUCCCAAGUUAAGACGCAUGACUGUCCUGAUGGAAAGCAACUCGCAAGCACUGGUGUUGUGCAAGGGUGCUCCGGAGGCACUGUCACCGCUGCUGCUCGAUGCCCCCAGCAACUACGAUGAAGUCGCUUCCUUCUUUGGCGUACUUGGGUUGAGGGUGCUCGCACUUGCAUGGAAGGCAUUCGACGAAGAUGUGGAGUUGAUUUCCAUGGCAAGAGAGGAGGCCGAAGCAGAACUUCACUUUGCUGGCUUCAUCGCAUUCCAGAAUCGCUGCAAGGCCGAGGCUCCCGAGGCACUUCGCAUGUUGCGCCUCGCCGGUGUCCGGUGCGCAGUAGUGACCGGGGAUGCUUUGGACACCGCAACGCACGCCGCCUGCGAAGCCGGCCUGCUCCAUUCGCCCGAGGCCGAGGACAUGCAGUUCAACCGGCGAACUAUGGAACCAGCCCCAAUCGUCGAACUGCGUGGUGGAAGCUGGUGGGAACGGAGCCUUCCUACUGAUUCACAUGCUGCACAGCCUUGUUUUCCUUUGUCUGCAGCAGAAGACCUUUACCAACGAGGCAGAAUCCUUGCUGCGACUGAGCUGGAAUUGGAGAAAAUUGGACAGGCGGCUUGGGCGACCGCAAGAUACGCCACAGUCUUGGCACGAAUGUCGCCGCCUGGCAAAGCGAAGCUGGUGGAGAUUCUUAGGCAGGACGACCGUGUUGUAAUGGUCGGGGACGGAGGCAAUGAUGUUGGUGCUUUAGCUGCUGCCGAUGCGGGGAUAGCCAUAUGGCCAACAGAGCAUCCUUUGGACACUGACUUCUUCUUCGACGACUGGGCAAUGCGCACGCGGUGGCAGAGGUUGCAGCGAGAGAACGCGCAAGCCUUCCAGCGCAAGAUCAGUCAGAACAUCGAGGAACAGAGGUCAUGGUACGUCCAGGAGGUCGAGCGCCGACGACGAGCAGGCCAGACGCUGGACUGGCAGCAGUUGGUUAAGCUGCUCAGACAGGGUCAGCGUCGUUUGGCGGAAGAGACCCGAAAAGCCAAAGCAGACCAGGGAGCAGAUCAAGCAGACCAAGCAUCGGCGGUGGCACCCUUCACUUCUCGAACACUCCUGGCUGUGCCGGAGAUGCUGCGCCAGGGACAAUGCACAAGUUGCUCUAUGGUCAUGCAAACGCAACAGUUGGUGCUCAGUACAAUCAUUGCCAUGUGGCGGUAUGCAGCUCUGUCUGUUGAGGGCGCUCGGCAAUCAGAGAUCCAAAUGAUCUUCUCCAACUUUGCAUUCUCCAUUGCUUUUGCCGGCUUCAUAAAUGCGAAGGCUCCGCGACAACCCGCUCGUGUUCGCCCGGCGACCAGUAUUUUUGAGCCUGCGACAAUUCUGAGCACACUUGGGCAAGCUCUGGUGCAUGUUUGGGUCCUUUGUCGGGCUGUGUCUUGGGCUAAGGAAUUGAUGGGCCCUGCAGCAAUGGCGGAUCUGUUGAAAUUUCCAGAGUGGGCACAGGCACAGCCCUUCGACUUUUGGGAUGCCAUUUCUCCUGGAGCUCUGUUUUCGCGACCUUUCAGGCCGAAUCUGCUCAACAGCGUCGUCUUCUAUGUUGAGUUGGUGCAAGGUAUAGCCAUUCUGCUCGUGAACUACAAGGGAAGACCAUGGAUACAGGGCAUUCUGGAGAACCCACCCCUCCUUGCAGCUGCUGCAUCGGCCCUGGCCUUGGCUGCUGCCGGCGCGACUGGUUGGUCCCAGGCUGGUAUUCGGGCGCUCCAGCUCACGACACUACCACCUUUGCUUCAAGUCAGGCUUUCCGCCUUGAUAUUCCUCUCGCUCUUGGGCACAUGGGUUCUGGACAGAAGCUUGGAGGCGUUUCUUUGCAGGGAUCGAGCCAUCGCAAGGUGGGAAGCGCCUGUUGCUGUCCCAGAUCUGAAACCGUGGCUCGUCGGAGUCGCCAAAGUCGCGGUACGGUAUUUGCCGUGGCUGCUCUGGGUCUUGUUGGUGCUCUCGGGAGACAUGCUGCUGUGGAUAGUGGCGUGGCAGCUGUGGCGGGCUUAG